ACUCGCGGCCGCCUGCCAUGAAUGCAAAGAAGGAAUCAAUGCCGUGCUGUUUGUCACACGUGGACGCAUUACAAAAGAAGAAGCGAAUGCUUGGGACGUUAUGUGGCAAGUUCUGUUUGGACAUGGAAGUUCAUGAGCAUACGGCUGUCGUAAGAACACGUUUUCGAAAGUUCAAGAUCCGAAAGAAGUCGCAGCCGACAAAAAGAAGUUACUAGAAAAAGGAGGCCAGGUAGCAAAAAGAAUCUUGCCCAAUGUGAAAUACUUUUUGUACGUUGACAAUCCGCAUACAGAUGACAAGGAAGGAAAAGAAAAGCGUAAGAAAUCACGCGAAAUCUUACUUCAACAUCUCAUUCUCAACUGUGAAAAGGUUUUCAAACCGCCGGUGAUGCGUGAAGUCAUACAACGAAUAUCUCAGCACACAAACGCACAAAAAGAAGCAUUGGAAGAACAAGAACGACUAGAACCUGAGCUGAAGAAAGCUAAAGAUAAAAUGGAACAACUCCUAAUUCAAGUCGAACUCGACAAAGCUAAGAGAGAAGGGGAAGAUGCAGGCAAGGCAAUGGCGCAAGAAAUGAAGGCCGUCACUGAACGGAAAGCAAGCGAACUAGGUGUGGCAGAACGAUUUCUGGCCGAAUCAGCUGGAGCACUUAAUGACAAAGGAGUUGGAUUUGUGGUAAAGAUCGCCAAAGAGAAGUGUUCUGUGAUGUGACUUGGCUUGAACUUGCGAAGAAACUCUGCACGCUAGUUGAAUUUGCUGCUUGUGUUUCUGCAGACAGUACGCUGAACUCCUUAUGGUCUGUAGAUGUAUGUGCGGUGAGUGUGUUUUGCCAUACUUUAGACAAUGAGUCAGCAUUACGUUGCCAAUUAAUUAAUGCUAAUGGUAGUGUC